CUUAGAUACAUAAAAGGUGCAAAUUUCCAGCGCCACACGUAUUGUGGGUGCAUAUACCUGAGCAGAGGUACCAGAGCAGCUCGGACAGGAAACGCCAACAUGAGGAUGCGCACACUUUUGUCCAUAACCCUGCUGGGCCUGCUGCUGUGGGCCUCCUGCAUCCAGGCCAACGACGCAGAUACCAACACUGACAAGCGCACAGAAACACAAGAAGAAGAGAAAUCAACAGAAGAGGGGGAUACAGGAGAUACAGGAGACGGGGAGGAGGAAACCGAAGAGGCACCAAAGAAAGAGAAAACAACGGAGAUAGAGGAGGAGAAAGACGUGAUGGUUCUCCACAUCAACAACUUUGACCGAGCUCUCAGUGAAAAUCAGUACUUAUUGGUCGACUUCUAUGCUCCCUGGUGUGGCCACUGUAAAAGUCUGGAGCCAAUCUAUGCGGAGGCUGCUGCGAAGCUGAAGACGGAGGAACCAGCGAUGCGUUUGGCCAAAGUGGACGUCAUAGAGGAAAAGGAGCUGGCCGACGAGUUUGCAAUCUUAGACUUCCCGACUCUGAAGAUGUUUGUCAACGGAGACCGCAAGCAGCCCAUCAUCUUCACUGGUAAGAGGUCAGUGGAGGGAAUAAUCCAAUGGAUGAAGCGUCGUACAGGCCCUGGCGCUCCAGUGCUCGACUCUGCAGCCUCUGCAGCUCAGUUCAUCGAUUCCCAUAAUAUCACUGUUGUAGGAUUCUUUGAUGAUCUGGAAAGUGAGGCUGCCAAAGUGCUCAAGGAAAUUUAUUUCGAUGACACUGACACCGAGUUCGCUUUGUCAGCGAGUCCAGAGGUUUUCCAGAAGUAUGAAGUGAAAGUCAACUCAGUGGUGCUCUUCAAAAAGUUUGAUGACGGCAGAGCCGACUUCGCAUUGUCAGACGACGGGAAGCUGGACAAGAAAAACGUCACAACUUUCAUCAAAGUAAACAGCCUGGAGCUGAUCAUCCCAUUCAGUGAGAAGACAGCAGAAAAAAUCUUCACCUCCAGUAUUUUGCUGCACACCCUGCUGUUCAUCAACUCCUCUGUGGAGGAUCAGAAGUCCCUGGUGGAAGAAUCCAGGACUGCUGCUAAAAAGUUCAAGGGCAAGAUGCUGUUCAUUGUGAUCGACAUGACACAAGACCUUUCUAAUGUGCUGAAGUACUUCGGCGUGUCUGAGAGCGAAAUCCCCACGACACGCAUCAUCAACAUGGAGACAGGAAAGAAGUUCACCAUCGGUGAUGCUGAUUUCACAACAGAGUCACUAGCACAGUUGUGUCAAGAGGUUGUGGAUGGCACUGCCAAGCCUUACUAUAAGUCUGAGGACAUCCCAGAGGACUGGAAUAAGGGACCAGUCAAAGUCCUGGUGGGGAAGAAUUUUGAGUCUGUUGCUAUGGACCCGACUAAAAACGUUUUUGUGGAGUUCUAUGCUCCAUGGUGUGGACACUGUAAGGAACUGACUCCUAUCUGGGAGCAGCUGGGUGAAAAGUAUGCCGACCAUGAAAACAUCAUCAUCGCCAAGAUGGAUGCCACAGCCAACGAGGUGGAGUCUCUUAACAUUCAAGGAUUCCCAACACUGAAAUACUACCCAGCUGGUAGCAAAGAGGUGGUCGACUUCACUGGGCAGAGGGAUCUGGAAACCAUGUCUAAGUUCCUGGAUAACGGAGGAGUGUUACCAGAACAGGCGACUGAUGAGGGCGGUGAGGAAGGAGAGGAUGAUGGGGAAGGCGACGAAAGUGAGGAUGGUGAGAAAGGUGACAGCUCUGACGAUGAUAGCAAGGAGACUGAUGAGUCUGCAGAGGUACCCACCAACAAAACAUCUAAAGACGAACUGUGAUAUCAUUUUGGUUUCUGGCCAAUCAGGAUCAACCUUGCAUCUUUCAGUGUUUCUUAAUAAAACAAAUUUGGGUGACAAACAUAAA